CUGGAUAGCUAUUAUUCAUAACCUUAUGAUAUUCAUAUAUUCACAGUAUAGCUGACACUUGUACCCUAUAUAGUAUCACUACUCUCCAUAGAGCAGUCAUUUAUUGCACUUGCAGUAAUACAUAAUGUCUGUGUCUGGAAAAUACCUUAGAGGAAGAAAAUGUGAAGUACAUUUCAAAGGUCAACAUGUGAUGCAUGAACCGUGGGAGGCGUCCCCUUUCAGAGGGUAUGAAAAAGAAAAGGAAGUGAAGAUGCUACGCCAUGAUACCCAUUUCUCUGAAGCUGACAGUAUAAUUACUAGUGUCAAUGGUGAUGAAGAGUAUCAGCUACAGUUUAAACCUUUUAGAAAACGUGGAAAGGGUGUAAGUUCCACCAUGACAACAUACCAGAGGCAGAGUCCAAAUGAUGUGCCUCCAGAUAAUGAUACAAAGUAUAAUUAUGUAUCUUCUCGUGAUGAGCUUUUUCCAGGAUGUUAUUCGUGGUGGUCCCCUGUAGAUGAUGAAGAUCAACGUUGCUCCUUAUUUGGCGACAUUGGGUUCUCAGCCAAAGUAGAUGAUUUGAUAGAGUGUUAUAAGAAAGCAUUCACUCCCCCGUUAAAAGAAAUACAGUUUCGCUGUGGUGGCACUCUUCGUUAUAUGUUUCGAGUGUGUAAAGUAAUUAUAAUCUGCCCAGCAGAAGAAAGUCAGCUACCAAAGGAAGAGUACCCAAUAAUGCCAAUUAAAGAAACGGAAAUUAAGCUUCAAUACGAAAAACCUUAUACCUAUAGUGACUGCAUAUAUGAUGAGUUUACCUUCGUCUUUUAUUUUCCAAGUGAUGACAUGCAGAUGAAAUGCCCAGAGCAAGCAGUCAUAUGCAAAAAAGUACCUCAUGGUACUUGUGCUACUAAAGGGCGUAGCUGUCCAGGUGGAAGAGGGCUCUCUGAGCAACUUAAAUUGAAACUUGAGAACAUGAAGAAAAGAAGAGAAGAAAAAUCAGAAAUUGUUGCCAUAGCACAAAAUGUCAGUCCACAAGCAACAUAUAACAUUGAGUCUUCUUUGGAAGAGGAAUUUGACCAAGAGGAAGGAGGAAUAACGUAUGAUCAAGAACAUGUGAUGCAACAAUUAGAGGAGGAAGACUUAAGUCCUGCAUGUGAAAAUGAGUCGCAUGUGUUCACUGAAGAUGAUGAUGAAGAUGAUGAAGAUCAAGAGCCACUGAAUAAAAAGCUAGCAAUGAUUGUAGAUGAUGAUGAUAAUAACUAAUAAAAAACAAAAAAAAAUUUUAUAUUUUUAAUGCUGAAUGCUGCUUUAGUCUAUUUUUGUGUAUGCUAUUGUGAACUAGAUUAGCUCUAUACUUAUUAGCUAUAUGUUUUAAUCCUUUACAAGGAAAAUAAUUUCAUGAUUCAUGAAUUCUGUUAACAAUGUGUGAAUAAC